GCGGACGAUCAAGUCGAUCUUACUCCAGAGGUCGACAUUCCUGGCGCUGGCUUUAUUGAAAAAGAGAUAGAAAAUUUGACCAUUGCUCAACCAAAGCUUUGGUUAAAAUGCCUCUGCAUAAAUCAAAAUGGUAAUAAGAAGAACUGUUGGAAAGGUAGGUGCACAUCACCCGGCUUCGCGCAAUCGAUCAGCUGUUUUAUACGCUGUUUAUUUUCAACUACAAGUAGUUGACAUGGUGGUUUAGACACAUGUUUUCAUACAAAAUUUGCUUUAUCAGGGUCUAGAACCUGCAAGCAAUGAAAAUCUAAAAAUAUAUGGCCCUGACCCAGAGAGGAUCUUCACUAUAUAAAACAAAGUUAGAGAGACAGAUUGAAGAACUGAGGGAAAAUGGGGAAAAUGCGAGUGAUGCAGCAAACCACUUCAAGAACUUUCCCACCGUUGAUCCAGCAUUUGGUGAUGAUUUUACCGUCCUUCCCAAGUUCGUUCUGACUGAAACAUUAGAACACCUAAAGAACAGUGGAAAGAACACCAGGAAAUCUGCUGAUGCCGUUGCCGAGUUGGCAAGUGCUCAGAAUGCUCUCAUUUGUUCCAGCACCAGGAAUGUCCCCUGGAGUAACUCUGUAAGAUCAACUUGA